UGAAAUUGUUCAUUGUAGUCACUAAUCUUUGAGAUUUUUUAAUGUCUAUGCAUAUUUGGAUAGAUUUGUUUUACAGUUGAGCAAACAAAUGUUUCUUGGCUCUGCAUAUUUGCAAAUAAAAUGUAACCCUCCAAACCAAAAAUAAAUAAAUAUAUACAUACUCCUAACACUUUUAUUUUUGCAGAUUAUGGAAAUAAAUUCACUGCUUCCACAUGCCAAACACAGAAUAAUGAACUUUAAAAUAGCAGUUGCGUCUUUCCUUCAGACAGUAAAUUGUACCUAUCUGAUAAAGAUUACCUUGAAAUGAACUGUAUACUUUUAACUUGCCUAAACACUUCUUUAAAAGACAGGAUAAAAACUUUGGUAAAUCCGAUAAUUACAGUAAUUAAAGGAUUAAAUAAUUAAUUUUCUUAAUGCUUGUAAUCUUGCAAAUUAAUUAAAGCAUGUAACAACUAACUUAAGUAAAUAAUCUCAAACAGUCUGAUGUGGUGAAUAUGAAUUGCGGACAGGGUUAGACGCAACAAAAUAUUGCAAACAUGUUUGAUCUUAUUACUUCUAAUAAGAAAUAUUUAUUAUUAUUCUAACUAAAUACUGCAGUGAUGUGUUUUACUGCUAUAUUAAUUUCUGUGAGCAGUUCAGGAGUGUGAUCUGCCAAAUACUGAUCAAGAAUGGGUAAAAGUGUGUUAACUGUAAUUUAACUUAGAUUAAAUAUUUUAUUAUAUGAAUAUUCAGUGCUGAAAUGUAGGAGCAAAUAUUCACAAUUUCUUGAAAAGGUUUCAGGUGGGUUACUAAAUCCACAAUAUUAGACCAAAACAUGAUUCAUUUAGCUUAGCAUUCUACAAUGACCUUAUUUAACUUGACUCAUUUCUUUACCAUUACAGAAGAAAAGUCACAUGAAAAAAUUAAACCAUAAGAUGGCUGUAGAAUCCCAUAACAAAUACCUGUUGGACGUUCUCUUAUUCCAAUGUAAACGUCUAUUUUUGAACUUGAAUGAAAACGAAAUAUUACGUAAAAUGCACUCCAAUCACAUAACAUCUGUAUAAUAUUAAAAAUCAUCUCCUGGCGUGUGAUUUCGUGAUGUUUCACUUGGUUUAGGAGCAAAACAAUAUUUGUGUAAUUAAAACACCGUGAAGUUCCUUUACCGAAAGAACAUUCGCUCAGCGUGCCUCUAACAAACAGUGUUUAACUCAAGCGAAAAAUAAAACACCCCGCGGGCUCUCAGAUGGGCUUAACACAAACUCUUGACAUUCGUUUUUCUCACUGUAAAAACACUCAGUCGCGACGGAUCGAUACUUUGAAUGGCCUCAUUUAGCGCAACGCAUCCUACACCACGCAGCGCUAUAUCUGCAGACUUUCUCGUAAGCCUGUCGUUAAGACAACUGUGAUGAGAGCUGAACUCAUGCAACAUGAAGUCUGGCUUGAUAAGAGACUUCAAUUACCACGCCAAACAAUCUCUCCUCUCUAAAUUAUUCAUUUUAACACGCUACGCUGCCGAUGGGAUGCUGCUCAGAUUCACAUAACUCAUGUGAGAACAGAGCAACGAUGGAACAAAAUGGAAACAACAUUUUUAACAAUUUAAGAAACUUGUUUUAAUGAAACCAAUGAAUGCAGAGAGCGAACGGAAAGCAAAUGCGUUAAUAUCUUUAAAGUUAAGCAAAUAAGGAAUCGAGAAAUAUAUGCGCGCGCACACAAUGGAGAAAGUAAAUUAUGUGUAUCAAAACAAAACUAACGAAGUAAAUAAAUACACGUGUUUCUUUGAGAAAUAUGAAAUAAAAAAUACGAAUCCAGCUUUAAUUACAAGGGAAAACAAAUGACAGCCCAACUUUAUUUUUUCCACUUUUUAUUAUUUUCUUUCCUUUCUGUUUUUUUUUUUUUUAAACGUUCUUUUACUUUCCUGACAUUAAGUGCAUACAGAAGUGAAAUUGUGAAUAUCUUCUGUAAAUAACACACGUGCAGGCUGCACAUACAUCUUCGCUGUCAUCUGAUUACAAUAACACUGAAUAACCCGAAUGAUACAUCAGUCUCUAAAACGUUUCAUUACGCUCUUGACUUUACUGACUAUGGACGAUACGAGAAUUUUAAAACAAAUCUCUAUAUAGUUAUAAACACUGUCCUAUACAAGAUCCUUGAUUGUGUUGCAAUUAUAAAUACGAACAGGCUAGAUAAUUAGAAAACCGUUCAACUAAUCUGGAUCAGAUUGUUUUAGGCAUUAUCACAAUAUUACAGAAGCUACAUCUCCACUACCAUGCGACCAUGGGCACACACACACGCGCGCUUGUUUGAUCGAUUUGAAGCAGUAUCCAGCUUUUUGAGCACAGGAUGAAAUCGCGGUGCAUGAAUGCAACACUAGCUGUGCGCGGUCAAUAACCUUACAUUAGCAAAAACUAAAUAUUGUUUAACACAAUUAGCAGCCAGUUCUUAAAGACUAAAUCUUAAUUCUGUGUAAACAAAAAUAUGUAAGUAAAAUCGCACCUAACAAAUAAGCAUUUAAAAUCCAGUAUUAUUUUCACCGUAUAGCCUACUACUUUACGACCAAAUGUGCAUACAGCAAAAUAACAAAAUCCUAACAUGUCAAAUAGUUGUAAUGUAAGCUAAAGAAAGUAAAAGCUUAUAGCUGAAAUGUGUGCACUUAAUGCCGUCUGUAUUAAAGCCUAACCUGAAGUCGCCGCGGCUCGAGCGCUGGAUGUUCAGGAGGAGAGCGUCUCUCCAGAGCACCGAGGCUGCGAUUGGCCAACUGCACUGACAGCUAGCCCGCUUAUUGGCCAGAAAGAGAUGCCCGUCCCCUUUUCACUCUAGCUAGAGGACCAUUCAUAAACUAAACAAUUCCAACACUCACGGCUGAGUCUGGACAACUGCACACUGGCACACAGUUUUCACGCGCAAACACAAGUGAGAAAGAUGACAUGAGGCGCGGAGAUUUAUCCUGCAGCUGAUACUGGCUCGGAGAACAACUUAAACCCUUUAAACCUUUUCAAGUCGAGUUGGAAAAGUCGCACUGCGUUGCAUCCAUCCGUUUCCUGGUCCAAACUUGACGUCUAUCCGCUGUGGGCGCAAACUUCAUCACUUCAUUUUUUUUUUUCUCUUAGCUGGGAGUUGUGCCUCUGGCUUCACCGGUAAGCAUUGGAUCCAUCGGCGUACUGCGAAACUCCGGUCUACAGUCCGGAUCUGUGCCCCAAUAUGAUUGCAACGCAAGCAAAGCUGGUUUACCAGCUCAAUAAAUAUUACAACGAAAGAUGCCAGGCGCGCAAAGCGGCGAUCGCCAAGACCAUACGAGAGGUGUGUAAGGUGGUGUCGGACGUGCUGAAGGAGGUGGAGGUCCAGGAGCCCCGUUUCAUCAGCUCCCUGAGCGAGAUAGACGCGCGCUAUGAGGGCAUGGAGGUCAUCGCACCCAACGAGUUUGAGGUCGUGCUUUACCUGAACCAGAUGGGAGUCUUCAACUUCGUAGAUGACGGCUCUCUGCCGGGCUGCGCGGUGCUCAAACUCAGCGACGGCCGUAAGAGGAGCAUGUCCCUGUGGGUGGAGUUCAUCACCGCCUCCGGUUAUCUGUCGGCGCGAAAGAUCCGCUCCCGCUUCCAGACGCUGGUGGCCCAGGCCGUGGAUAAAUGCAGCUACCGGGACGUGGUUAAGAUGGUGGCGGACACGAGCGAAGUGAAACUGCGCAUUCGGGAGAGAUAUGUGGUGCAGAUCACCCCGGCCUUCAAGUGCACGGGCAUCUGGCCUAGAAGUGCUGCUCAGUGGCCCAUGCCUCACAUCCCGUGGCCCGGGCCGAACCGGGUGGCGGAGGUGAAAGCGGAGGGUUUUAACCUCCUCUCCAAAGAGUGCUACUCGUUAACGGGAAAACAGAGCUCGGCGGAAAGCGACGCCUGGGUCUUGCAGUUCGCCGAGGCCGAGAACAGGCUUCUGAUGUCGGGCUGCAGGAAGAAAUGUCUCUCUAUUCUAAAGACUCUCCGCGACCGACACCUCGAGCUGCCGGGACAGCCGCUCAAUAACUACCACAUGAAGACCCUGCUGCUGUACGAGUGCGAGAAACACCCGCGGGAGACUGACUGGGACGAGUCGUGCCUCGGCGACCGUCUGAACGGUAUUCUGCUGCAGCUCAUCUCCUGUCUGCAGUGCCGCCGGUGCCCACAUUACUUCUUACCCAACCUAGACCUGUUUCAGGGCAAACCGCACUCAGCCCUGGAGACAGCGGCCAAACAGACCUGGAGACUGGCCAGAGAAAUCCUUACCAACGCUAAAAGUUUGGAUAAACUGUAAGAUGCAGAAGGAGGACAUUUUAUGUCGGUGAAUAUUAACGGACGUUCGAGAUCACAACACUGAAAGUGGAGAAUGUGAUCACGGUGCUCUCCGAGUAAUGAAACCAAGAAAAUAAAAGAUUAAAAUAAAACUUAAAAAAAAACCCCCGAAGCAUUUGCUUUUGCCGAGGCUCAAACGGGACAUUGCAGGAGAGAGAAAUGAAGGUACAUUUUAAACUAAGUGUAAUGAUUUUGUUGUUUGUUUGAACUGUUUUCACAAAGUGAAAAUUUUAUUUAAAUAUAUGCACAAGAUCUUUAAUUGCGAAUUACAAAAUGUAGCGUGCCAAGUUCUUUUUUUUUUUUUUCAUGAUGUGAUCAAAAAUUGAAACGUGUAAUAAAAUCAUGACACGAUGAAAUUUAAACUUGGCAUUCGUCAUUACUCAAUGAAAAAUUCCUGGCAUUAAUGGGACUACAAUACAUAAGCUAGAUGCAUAAAUAAUUAAGCAUAUAGUUUUGGCAUUUGUUUUCGCUAGUUAAACAAAAGCAUAGCUAAGUACAUUACAGUGUGUAUUUGUGGACCGCUCAUUCAGUUUAACUCGUAGAAAACGAAACGUAGAAAACACGCGAGGCCUGUUGCUGUAAAUGACAAAAAUUAUUUAUUAAAUAGACACUAGCAGCAAAAUAAAGAUGAUCGUAUUUUAAAAAAAUAAUAAUAACAAUAAUAUAUCGCACUUUAGAGUAACAACCAAGGCCAUUUACACUUCUAAAUACAAUGUUUUUUUGUUUUUGUUUUUAAAACGGACAGACGAUCUCUCACAUAGACGAACAAUAGGCUACAUAAUUUCACAGAUUAAAACCAAUGCAGUUUAAAAUAAAAUAUAAAAUGUUCAAAUUACCACACUUUGCAUUUUAACUUUUUUGACUGAAUAAUAGGCUAAUGUUUGGGAGUAAAGAAUUAUGUUAUUUUACUCUGGAAAUCCCCGUAAAAAAGAAAGAAAGAAAAAUUUGUUUUUAUUAAUUAUUGCAAAAAUAAAAACAACCUAUUAGAAUUAAAAGGCCUACUGAAAGAAAUACUUAGACAAUGUUUUGCAACAAACAAAUAAAUAAUCUACUAAUACUGAUGUAGCUAUUUUAUUCUGGCAAAAUAAACUAUUUUACUUCACAAUUCCGUUACUAUAGUAAAAACAGCAAAAUAUAAUUAAUCUAGCUUUAAGGAAAAUUACUCUAUUGAAAGCAAGAUAUUUCAAAUACAUGAACAGAAAAGGAAUUUCAUAAGGAAAUACUGAAAGUUGAUACUUUGUUCUUCAAAAGGCAAAACAAAAGUUCUAGUCAAUGAAGCAUUCAGAAGAAUGUUUCAAAUUAAGUCAUCCUCUUCAAGCAUUUGCAUUAAUAGUGAGGAUUUUUGGUUGCACCUCAGCUACACGCCAAUGGUGAUGGCAAGUUACACUUUAAUAGCCUUGGCCCACAUAUGUUAUGAACAGCUGAAACAUGCAACAUGCUAUGAGGAAAGAGAGCAAGCUUUUCUAUCAGCAAAGCCUGUUCUGCCUUUGUGUUACGAUAUAGCCAUGCAAGAUAAGAUGACCACAAAAAGCCAGUACUCACAAACCCUGUGUGGAAAGGUAGUUAUAUAUAUAAAAAACAAACCAGUAUUGUGAAAGCACAUUAAAGGACCUUGGUUAUACUUUUUAUUUAUACUAUUUAGUGUGCAAAGCUCAUGGGACAAUUGGAGUCAUUCUGGAUGAGAA